AUGCAAUCUGGCGCUACAUCUCUUUGGGGUCACGAAGGCGGUGGUGGCCCCAAGAAGUGGACGGAGCUCUACAUCAAGGGCAUUACGUUGAUACCGUACUGCUUCCCGACAGAAGAACACCGCAAAGCAAAUGUUGAGAAAUUAGAAGCAGCUAUCAAACUGUGGAUGACAGCUCUCGGCGGCGGACCGUCGCCGGGUACAAACCACAAGAUCAUCUUCUCGGAGUAUGUUGACUUCUCACAGAACCCAAGGUACUGCAUAGAUGUCAACAGUCCAGCUGAGAGCAAAUGGAAUAUGGCUGUACCCUACAAGACAGUCGCCAUCUGGAAGGACGAUGGCGUGGGCAAAGCCGCGGCCGCAUCCACUGUGGGCAUGGGUGAUACGCCGGGAAAGCCUUGGGAUCUGAACAUGUGGAUAGACGUAGAGGCCAGCGUCAUAACUCUCACCGACUAUCGCACCGCCCUCGCACGCGCGCGUGAAUCUGACCCCAGCACAACGACCGACGCACUGUGCAACGACGUCACAAUCGCCGAUAGAUACAACUUCAGCGGCCGCUCCUACACUGAUACUGUUCUGUACGGGAAAUCCGAGGGCGGCUGGACACUGAACCCCGAUUCACCGUACGAUGCGGAUAGCAUCAUGCACUACCACAGCUACAUCAUGGGUAAUGAGAAUUGUCUAAAUGGCAACCAGGCGGAGUGCCCAGUAGCACGUUACAGGGACAGUACGAAUCAUGAUCUCGGAUAUGAGAUGAUUCCUAUGUGGACCAGGCCAAGUUCGUGGGAUGUGGCGUGGGUCAAGACGCAGUAUGGGUGGAGGUACAGUGGCGCCGCUGAAGGCGCGCAAGAUGGCGGGGAGAUUAGUGAGGCUCGGUUAAAGGAGCUGAUUGAGGAGGGACGAGAGCGAUAUGUUCGGAGCCAGGUGUAG